AUGGCUAAUGUGUCUGUUCCACUUCCCUCAAAUAGUGCAACCCCUGAAUGGAUGGACAAAGCUGAUAAUGCAUGGCAACUAGUAGCUGCAACACUAGUGGGGCUGCAAAGUGUUCCAGGGCUCAUAAUCUUGUAUGGUGGAGCAGUUAAGAAGAAAUGGGCUGUGAACUCAGCAUUCAUGGCACUCUAUGCUUUUGCUUGUGUUUUUUUCUGUUGGGUUGUGUGGGGAUAUAGAAUGUCUUUUGGUGAUCACCUUCUUCCUUUCUUGGGAAAACCUGGUGCUGCACUGGAUGAGGUUUAUCUUUUCAAGCCAGCUUUUUCGGGGGCAUUUCCCAAUGCUACAAUGGUGUAUUUCCAGGGUGUUUUUGCUGCUAUUACUUUGAUUCUAAUAGCUGGGGCUUUGUUGGGGCGUAUGAACUUUUAUGCUUGGAUGUUAUUUGUGCCUUUAUGGCUCACAUUCUCCUACACCUUCACAGCAUUCAGCAUAUGGAGUCCUCAGGGCUUUCUCUCCAAAAUGGGGUUAAUUGAUUACUCAGGUGGAUAUGUUAUCCAUUUGUCUUCAGGGGUUGCUGGAUUCACAGCUGCAUACUGGGUUGGACCCCGGCUAAACAAGGACAGGGAGAGGUUCCCUCCAAACAACAUACUUCUAAUGUUAGCAGGGGCAGGGCUGCUAUGGAUGGGUUGGACAGGUUUCAAUGGAGGAGAUCCAUAUGUAGUGAGCAUGGAUGCUUCUUUGGCUAUCUUGAAUACACAUGCUUGCACUGCUACUAGCUUGCUUACUUGGGUCAUCCUUGAUGUCCUUUAUUUCCGAAAGCCUUCUGUAAUUGGAGCUGUUCAAGGCAUGAUUACUGGUUUGGUUUGCAUAACCCCAGCUGCAGGGGUUGUGCAAGGAUGGGCAGCACUUGUGAUGGGGGUUUUGUCAGGCUUAAUUCCAUGGGUCACUAUGAUGGUAAUCCAUAAGAGAUCAAAAAUACUACAGAAGGUGGAUGAUACAAUGGCAGUGUUUCACACUCAUGCUGUUGCAGGAACCCUUGGAGGAAUCCUCACUGGUCUCUUUGCAGAGCCAAGACUGAACAUGUUGUUCUAUGGAAACUAUAAUAAAUACGUUGGACUAUUUUAUGGCAUCCAAAUGAACAUGUUCGGUACUGGGUUGAGACAAAUAGGAAUCCAAUUCCUUGGGAUUUUGUUUGUUGUCAUACUUAAUGUUAUAAGCACAAGUUUGAUAUGUCUCUUCAUUGGAUUUCUGGUUCCAUUGAGAAUGUCUGAAGAGGAUAUGGAUAUAGGUGAUGAGGCUGCUCAUGGAGAAGAAGCUUAUGCAAUCUGGGGCCAGGGUGAUAAGCUUGAAAACUCAAGUUCAAAGUAUGGAAGCUCAGUAUAUGAUGAUGUUGAAUCUGGGGCCACCAAUAAGAAGCGUGGUGGCCAGGUUGAGAUGAUAUAG